AUAAUGCCUUUGUAUCAGUGACCUCAGAACUUUGUUGAGAACAAAGAUGGCAGGUGCCACCCAUCUGAGUUCAGCUAAAAACAUCAACACAUUGAAAACCCCAAUAUUUCCAGCAAAAUCAAUACCUUCAUUUCCUCAAAUCAUCAAAAUCAGAGCUUCAAGAAAAAAUGAAGGACCACUGAUAACCAGGAAAGCUUCAAAGUCACCGCGACGCGUGAUCAGUAUACCUGCAUCCACUGGAAGAUGGCCUGGUCAAUGGACUUGUGAAUACUUAGUCUCCCUGAAGGAUCUUCAGCUGGAUGAUUUAGCUGAGGAUGGUCGAAAAGAUACCGAGGUUUUUGUCAGUCUUUCCCUUCAGAAGCAUGCAGGAUUUGGCCUGUCUGUUGAUGGAAAGGUGGUUACAACCAUUGCCAGGAAGUGCAGCAGUUGCUCUUCUCCUUACUGCAGAACGAUUGACACAAACAUACGUGUUUGGGUUCUGCCUGAUGACAGAGAUGAUUCGUCGACAGAACUUCCUGAGAUUGGCAGUGAUGAUCCAUCAGUUAUCUACGUGAGACCAGGGUAUGAAGCUGACUUAGGCUCUCUUGUACAAGACACAAUAAGACUCCAGACAGCAGUUAAGGAGACUUGUUCCGAAUCAUGUGAGAAGUCUGAACCAAAACUUCACUAUAUAGGUGAUCAAAGGACAGCUUCUCUAGACAGGAGGUGGUCUAAACUCUUACAGCUUAGGAAUGCAAAUCGUUGAUGCACGAACUAAAUCAUCACAUCUAGAUGACUAGCAAAGAUUAAGGUCAUGUUAUUUUUUUCUGUUUGUAGUCAUAGCAAGAUGAGUGAUGCUACAUUGUUACUAGUUAAUUAUGCCCUUGAACUGCACAUUGGGGGUUCGAAUGAAUGGGCAAUAUGCGGUGCUUGUGGCUUCAUAGUACCAUAAGUAUAUAAGGGGUAAAUGAUGCUUGUCAAUUAUAUCAAUGUAUGAUCGAAUUGCAACGUAACAUAGAUUAUGAUCCUAGAUUUUUAGUAAAUGUGCCAAAGAUUUACCAAGAAUUGGACUGAGAGGCCUGUGAAUCUUGUGAUAUGUACGAAGUAUUUUAUACUCACUGUACAUUUUUGUAAGAACAGAAGUAUAAGCAUAGUCAUUUUAUA